AUGCGAGCACCGUACGCUUCAGAGGAAGUCGCGAUCAAGACGCAACACCAACGAAAGGGAAAGGGGACGAAAGCACCGGCCCGUAAAGCUCCUACGCCGAAGCGUAAAAUAAAUGGCAGACAGGCAGAUGACGACGAUGAAGAUACCUCGAACGUUGAAGACUUGGACGACGUCCAUAUACCCACUACCAGCGAUACCCUCCCUCCACAUACUCUUGCUUCUUUCCCGGUCAUCGUCACCACCUACGAAAUGAUUCUCAAAGACCGUGUACAUCUUGCCACUUAUAAUUGGGGUCAUAUUGUUGUAGAUGAGGGCCAUAGCAUAACAAUAUACAAAUCACGGCGCUCACGCUAG